AUGGACGCAGCUUAUAACCAACACUCCCCGUACGCCCGUCACCAAAGCAGCCGCUCCUCCACCAACCUCCACCACUUAACCCUCGCGCCCCUCACCUCACGGCUCCCCAUCACAGACCUCCCAGACACAUCCUACAUCGAAGGCCGCUCCGCGCCUACCACGCCCUCGAUCCUCUCGCGCUCUUCUGCGCGGAAGCCCCAGCAUGCAUCAUCAUCUAUUCCCAAAAGCAAAUCGAGCUCGCACCUGCUGAUACAACCUCGGUCCGGCGCAUCAACGCCCGCGCCCGGGGGCACGAGCACGAAGCUGAAAAGGGCUCUUAGGAGAGAGGAGGUGCAGCUGGAGAGGAAUGACUCGGACUGGCUGUUACGAGCUGGUGCUAUGAUUUCAUCGUCUGCGAGAGAGUCGAAAGGACAAGCGUGGUUGAUCAGUAGGGCGAGUUCUACGAGUCUCACUGCUCAGAGAGACGAGGAGGAUGAAGAGCUAGCGAGGGAACGAGAGGUUUCUAGCAGGAGGGUGAGUAGGAGGGGCAGCGGAGUGGGGAGUUUUGAUGCGGAUGAUGAGUUUAGCCCCGUUACUACAAGGAGGAGUUUUUCUUUUGGGUUGCCGACAGGAACAGGGAGUAGACCGUUGAGUCGCUUUCCUAGUAGAGUGAAUAGUAGGCGGGGGAGUAUGGCUCAGUUAUUUACGCCUUUGAAUAUGAAAAGAGAAGGAUAUUUUGAUCACAGGGAUUUCGCUCAGGAGGUCUUCACUGCCGAACCUGAUUUUGUGGAUGUUGAGGAGGAAGUCUAUGAGAAUACAGAUGAGGCUAGGGAGGACGAUGCGGUGGUCAGGAAGCUGGCUAGCACGAGUAGUAAUGGGCUUGGUGGUUGGGUUGAGAGGAUGUUAGGGUGGAGUUUGUUUGCUGUCGAUGAAGAUGGAGAAGAGACGGAAACAGACACACUGGACGAAAAGGCAGAAGACUCGGAAAUAUCUUCUGGGACAUCGAGACGAACUAUUUUUAGUAGUACAGAAUCACUAGCAGCAGAUGUAAUGCCUCCACUCCGAGACGAAGAAGCAGGAGGUUGGCAAGAUGCAGCAUGGUUGUUAAGCGUAGCAACAAAAGUUAUCUUGUAG